AUAUCUAUGCCUAAUGACACCCAAUUCCAUCCUUCUUCAUUCCUACUGGUGGGCAUCCCAGGACUAGAAGAUGUGCACAUCUGGAUUGGACUACCCUUUUUCUUUGUGUAUCUUGUUGCACUCCUGGGAAAUACUGCUGUCUUAUUUGUGAUCCAGACUGAGCACAGUCUUCAUGAGCCCAUGUACUACUUCUUGGCCAUGUUGGAUUCUGUUGACUUGGGCUUGUCUACAGCCACUAUCCCUAAAAUGCUGGGCAUCUUCUGGUUCAAUCUUGGGCAAAUAUCUUUUGGAGGCUGCCUUUCUCAGAUGUUCUUCAUCCACUUUUUCACUGUCAUGGAGAGCAUCCUGUUGGUGGCCAUGGUCUUUGACCGCUACAUUGCCAUUUGCAAACCUCUUCGAUGCACCAUGAUCCUCACCACCAAAAUCAUCAGCAUCAUCGCAGGCAUUGCUAUCUUGCGAAGCCUGUACAUGGUGGUUCCACUGUUAUUUCUCCUCCUGAGGCUGCCCUUCUGUGGGCACCAUAUCAUCCCUCACACCUACUGUGAGCACAUGGGUAUUGCCCAUCUGGCUUGUGCCAGCAUCAAAGUCAACAUCAUGUUUGGUCUUAGCAACAUCUGUCUCUUAUUAUUGGAUGUUUUUUUUAUUAUUCUCUCCUAUGCCAGGAUUCUCUGUGCUGUCUUCUGCCUGCUUUCCUGGGAGGCUCGGUUCAAAGCUCUCAAUACCUGUGGCUCCCACAUUGGUGUUAUCUUAUCCUUUUUUACACCAGCAUUUUUCUCUUUCUUGACACAUCGUUUUGGCCAUAAUAUCCCCCAGUAUAUUCACAUUUUCUUGGCCAACCUCUACGUGGUUGUUCCACCAGCCCUCAAUCCUGUAAUCUAUGGGGUCAGGACCAAGCAGAUUCGGGAACUUGUGAUGAGGAUUUUUCUCAAGACAGAUCACUAG